AAUACAUAGCGCGUAAAAAUUGUUUGCAUUUGGUGGCGUCGAUUUCAACUUUUUGUGUUUUAAGUGCAAUUUUCGGUGGGAAAAAGUGUUUUCAUUGACGAAUUAUAAGGCGUAGACACCAAAAAAUGGACCGACGCAAAAAACGAACCUCCUCGGAGCAGUAUCAAAUGUACAUCGAGCUAAUGGAGAGCGACCCAAUUUUUGCCAGCGGACGCGUGCCGCGCGAUUAUGAUCUGAAUUAUCUGACCAAAAAGUGGAAGGAACUCUCCGACAGGCUCAACAAAUGCGGCUCGGGGCCGACGCUAACAGCGGAGGAGUGGCGCAAGCGCCUGAAUGACUGGAAGAACACGACGCGCUGCAAAUACAGACGCAGCCUGAUGUCCAGCGAGAAGGACAUCUCCAUGUCGUCGCUGGAGACGCGAGCACUCAACUUAUUCGGCAAGGUUCCCGCCGCUGGUGAGACGCUGAUGAACUUGAAAUGCGAGAAGGAUGAGCACGAGGACGACAUGGAGGAUCUGGGACAACGGACGUCGGCAUCGUUCCAAAAGGAACUGCAAGCAGCUGUUGAGGAGGCCAUCAACGAUGAAGUUGACGAGGAUGAGAUGGUCGAGGAGCAUGUCGAUCAGGAGGAUCUCACCGACGAGAAUAUGCACGAGACUGGCGGUGGCAUCGAUGGUCCCACCGUGGGCGGCACAACGGCGGUGAACACAGGCGGUGGUGGCUAUCGCACCAUUGUGGUGGACAACUCCGCCUACGUCGAGGACGAUCAGGAGCAGCAGGAGCCGCCCGGGGAGCCAGUCAAAUUCGUAUGCACUCCCAACAUACAUUCGGUCGGCUCCAGCGGCGGCACCAAACUCAUCAACGGCGAGCUGCCCGUGAAGCGAUUACGGCGGGAUCAAGUGAUCUAUGAAGUUAAAAACGCGCCCCGAUCAUAUACAACCAUCCAAACAGGUGGAGCGCUGCCCACGCUGCACAACACAAAGAUGCAUCAUGAGGGACAAGGAACGACGCUGAGUGCCGCCUUGAACGGCCUGGAUGCCCAGGAGAUAGCACACCAGCUUAAGCGUUUGGCGGACAUCAACUACGAGACGCUUCAGUUUGAGAUUGCGCGAUUUAAGUUCAACAAUCCGGGCUUUCACUAUGAGCCGCCGCCAUUAUAGUCAUUGCCCCAG